AUGUAUAUCAAUUAUUUUGUGAGUUAUUUAUUUUUCCUCGAUAUCAUCUACUUUGUUAGCGGUGCGGCCCCCAACGUCCAGACGAGCACUCAAGUCAGUGUUUGCUCGACCCGCGCGUCGUCGUGCGAAACCAGUGCGGGUACCAAACGACCAGUCUGCGGCACAGACGGUCGCACCUAUCCGACGAGAUGUCACCUUAUGAAGGCCCAGUGUUCCUCAGAACCCGUCGCAAUCGCACACAAGGGCCCGUGUCUCGAAGGCCAGUCGUCGUGCAUGAUCGCGCUACGGUACGCCCUGAACGCUCAGAGUGGGCGUCGAGCGCCGUUCGUACCGCGGUGCCGUGCCGACGGCACCUAUGCCGCCGUGCAAUGUGCCAGCGCCGGCGCCGCCGCAAGCUGCUGGUGCGUCUCGCCGGACGGGAAACCGCUGCCGGACACCGCCGUGCGGAACGGCAGGCCCGACUGUACGAGAACUGGUAAAUCACAUACGAGACGACGUUCAUCUGUUCGAGGUCAGCGGAAUAAAAGAAGUUGCACUCGAACCGACCGUGCCUUAUUUAACGGGAAUUUGAUCAAGAUCUUUGGAGGAGACUACGAACGGGUCAGGCCCGCCAACAGUGCCCCGCCAGAGCCAAGAGAGGUCGCCGACUGGAAGUUCAGAGAAUUAGACCGGGACAAGAGUGACACCCUGCGGAAAUCCGAGUACAGGGGACUCAGGAGGCUUAUAAAAAAGGUGGUAAAGCCCAAACGCUGCGCCCGCGCCUGGGCUCGCGGCUGUGACGGCGACGGCGACGGAGAGAUAGCCCACGAGGAGUGGGUGGCCUGCUUGCUGGUCAACCCGGAACCGCCAGCACCGGACUUCUCUCUCCGUUUCUUCAUGUCGUUGAAUGCAGACGAGGACAGCGCUCCCGAAGCGGAGCCCGAUUAUAACGAAGAGGAACCACCGCCAGAACCGAGCGCAGUGAUGCGAGGGAUAAUGAGGAACUCUUUCGCACCGGACGGCCAGGACGCCGAGUCCCGGCGUGAAGACGAAGCCAACGACUGUUUAACUGACCGCCAAGCCGUCUUGGAUGAACAGAAAGCCGGUGGCGCCGUACUCUACGUACCAGAGUGCACGGGCGAUGGUAGAUACGCGCGCGCGCAAUGCUACCGAUCCACGGGAUAUUGCUGGUGCGUUCACCAGGACACGGGCAAACCCAUACCGGGCUCCUCGGUCAAAGACAGGAAGCCGGACUGCGAUGCGGCGCCCCAACACGCCAGCCCGAUGAGAGGUUGUCCUGAAAAGUCGAAGUUCCUACGCGAUUUAAGAAAUUUCUUCAUAACUAAGAUGACUGCAGCUACUAACGGCACUGGUCCUGGAGAAAUGGUGCGAUGGGGCGCUUCCAACGAGGAACAAGCGGCGACUUGGACUUACGUGAUGUUAGAUAAGGACAAAAACAAAGCGUUGGAGCGGCGAGAGUGGAAGGCGUUCCACCAGCUGAUUGCCAACGUGGAUCAGCUGCGGCGAUGCGGACGCAAACUGCCGCGUUACUGCGACGUAAACCACGAUACGAAGAUCAGCAUUACUGAAUGGAUGGCUUGCCUGGAAGUCACGCAGGCGUCACAUGGGCCCAGCACUGAAUCGACGAAGCCACCCUCAAAUCCUAGAAGAAAAGGCCCCAACCCACUAGAGUCAAUUCUAAAGGCUGAUGAUUGA